AUGAGCUGCAGCGGCUCCGGCGCGGACGCCGAGGCGGUGCCGGCCAACGCCGCCUCGGCCCCGGGCCCUGCGCCCCCGGUCUCGGCCCCGGCCGCGCUGCCUGCCAGCGCCGCCGCGGAGAACAAGGCCAGCCCCGCGGGGACCUCAGGGGGACCUGGGGCCGGAGCCGUGUCUGGGGGCACGGGCCCCGUGGCGGCGCGUGCCGGGGAGCCGGCUGAGCGGCGCGUGCCGGCUCCGGUGACGGCGGGCGGCGCGGCGCCCCCAGAAGGGGUCAUGUCUAACGGAGUUUACGUGCUGCCGAGCGCGGCCAACGGAGAAGUGAAGCCGGUGGUGUCCAGCACGCCUCUUGUGGACUUUCUGAUGCAGCUGGAGGAUUACACGCCUACGAUCCCCGACGCAGUGACUGGUUACUACCUAAAUCGUGCUGGCUUUGAGGCCUCGGACCCUCGCAUAAUCCGCCUCAUCUCCCUAGCUGCCCAGAAAUUCAUCUCAGAUAUUGCCAACGAUGCCCUGCAGCACUGCAAAAUGAAGGGCACAGCCUCUGGCAGCUCCCGAAGCAAGAGCAAGGACCGCAAGUACACUCUGACCAUGGAGGACUUGACCCCUGCCCUCAGCGAGUAUGGCAUCAAUGUGAAGAAGCCGCACUACUUCACCUGAGCCGCUCGACAUCUAUCUAUGUAUUUGAUUGUCCUCAUGUCCCCACACCAGCCUGUUUUCAUAAUAAACUUUAUUGUGACA